CCGACAAAAUUGUUGUUACAGGGACAGCCGAUAUAGGUAAAUCAUCCUUUCUCGUAUACUUCGCUAUCCGAAUGCUUGCCACGAGUAAUGUUGAAGACCCGCCUAUUAUUAUCAUCCAGAGAAAGGAAAGUUCAAAGUGUUAUGCUUUUGGUGGACGAUCUGUUGUUCGGUAUGGGGACAUAGAGGAUUUUAGGCCCUUCCUGGAUCUACCCAGCACUUGGUUCCUAGUCGACGGUCCACCAACACCACUGCUCACGGAAGCCAGGACUAUCUUUUCAGUGUCACCAAAAACUUUCCAUGACAAGAAUCCGUAUAAAGAUAUUGAAAAGAGAGUCGAAUGGAAGUACUACAUGGCUCCGUGGGAGCUAGAUGAGUUAAAAGAAUGCAGAAGCAAGGUUGAAGCCUUUCAAAUGGUCCCUGAGGAUUUUAUGGAACACCUGUAUGAUUUGAUUGGUGGAGUGCCAAGGUAUGUCCUCGAGGUGCCGCAGAAAGGACUGCGCAGAUACCCCGCAGAGGAUCGUUGUAAAGAAGAAGUGAGAGCAAAAAUAGAAAUGAGUACACUUGACCGCAUUCAGCAAGCCCUUGUCAACAUGAAGAUACUUCAACACUUUGAACAAGCUAAGAAUUCACUAUGGUACAGCAGCCGUCUUCUUUACCGUUAUCCGACAGAAGACCAUGACAGAUUUAAAUUAGUAUGGGCUUCAAAUUAUAUCAUGGAAAAGGUGUAUGAUGCAGCGGACGACAAUACUUGGAAUGAAAUAUUGAAUCGGCUUGCCAAUGGCAAAGUCGGUGAAGAUAGAGGAGCAAUGUUCGAGCUUUAUAUGCGGCGCAUACUACGGAUAGGCAACCGUUGCUUUCAGGCCAGGAACCUUGAUGACAAUACUGAAAUAACCAUCGAUAUCAAAGCUCGCCCGGACGUUAAAUGGUUCAAUACUCUUGAAUGUUACAAGGACAAGAUGCAAGGAUCGCUAUGGAUCCCAAAUAGCAAAAGAUUUGCCUGUGUGGAUAUGUUACUUGCUCCGAACUAUCUCCUUCAAGUUACGACGAACAAGGAUCAUGGCAUCAAAAGCAAACCCUUCAAAGCGUUUUUGAAAAGUAUGCGAGAAAAUAAGUGGAUUCACUCCUCUGAGGAGGUUGCACUUAUUUUUGUUGUUCCACAAGACCAGAUUAAGGAGUUCAUGAAACAAAAUUUUAAGACUGGGACAAAUCGUGUGGAUUCCAAAGCUACAAAGGAACUCCUAGAUGUCAAGCAAUAUAUUAUGGGGAUUGAUCUGCAAGCAGAACUUAGGCACAUGAGAACAAGAACAGAGCGGUGAAUGGACAUGCGAAUUAAGGUUAUUAUAGAUGUACAUUAUUAAUAAUAUAGUGAAGGUGUGAUCCUAUCCCUAUUGAAAAAUAGCUUUUGAAAGAAUGCAGGAUGUUAGAGUCCUCGUCAGAAAGUCAG